UCUCAGAGCGCCGAGACUCCUGUGAAGUAAUUCGUUUGAGCUAAAUUCAAAAGUCUGGAUAGUUUCCUUCUUCUUUUUUCAUAGUUUUAUCGUAGCUUCGGUUUUAAUAAUUUUGCCCUAAACGGGGCUUUUAGUUUUCUGUAUCCGGUAGUUAUGCAGUCUUGAAGCUGGAGACAAAAAUUUUUCCCAGCAACUAUGAUUUCGGGAAUGAGCUGCUAUAAAAAUCUCUUCUCCUGUGCCUUGCUUUUGCUGCUUCCUGGCGGUUUAUCGUGCAGCACUCUCGGUGACGUACAUACUUCGGCAGCAACGGUGGCACAACUAGUGGAGAAUGAGGCCGCAGUGAUCCUCACUCUCAAGAACUACAUCAAGAAAGAAGAAGAACGACUCCAGACGAUCAAGCAGUACGUUGAAAGCUGGGGAGGAGAAGACGCCGACUAUGUCAACAAUCCGAUAAACAGUUACCACUUCCUGCGUCGUCUCACCCACGACUACAGCCCAGUUCAAAAUGCUCUUCAUGACACGACCACCAAAGCGGUCCGAGCAAACAUCACUCUUCUUCGAGAGAGCGUCGAUGUUCCAGUGGAAGCUGAUGUUAACGGGGCAGCUUACGCCUUGGUCCGUCUCCAGGAUACCUACGGCUUAGCGCUGGACGAUAUCGUGGAAGGAGACAUAAAGGGUACGAAGGCCGUUCAGGAAUUAACUGCCGACGAUUGUUUCCGGCUGGGACAACAGAGCUUCAAGAACCUGGAAUUUGAUCUCAGUAGCCAGUGGUACGACAAAGGACUGGAGUUGCUGAGGGCUUCCCAGCCCUUGACAUACGCCGUGCAGAAGAGGAUAGAGAAAAUCACCAAGCAGCAAGAACACAGAGUCAUGAUGCGACAGUUCGUUACUCAAAUGGCCCAGAAAUCAGACGACCAUGUUCUUGACCAGUUUUCUGGCCUAGGAAUCCCCACAUCCUUCCAAAAACAAAUCUAUGCAAAACACGACGAUUUCGAUCAAGUGGAUAAAUUGGAUGACUUGUAUCGUCGUCUCUGCAGAGGAGAACAAUUGCAGCCUCCUGAAGCUUACAUCGGCCUGAAAUGUGGAUACAUAUUUGGUAAUUCCGGACGCUACAAACUCAUGCCUUUCAAAGUCGAACUGAUGUGGCCAGACCCAGUCAUCAUCGUGUACCACGAUGUCCUUUCGGAACACGAGACACGACUGCUGAAAGAGAUCUCCAUGCCUCGGCUGGCUACCACCAUGGUUCACUCCUUCACCACGCACGAGGCUCGGAAAUCCCUCGCACGGAUCGGAAAAACAGCUUGGGUGAGACCUGAGGAUGACGCAAAAGUUGCAAAGAUCUUCGACCGCAUAGAGGAUAUGACUGGACUCUCGACGCAGACUGCCGAACCCUUGCACGUCCUCAACUACGGCAUUGGAGGUCACUAUGAUGCUCACGUAGACUUCUUUGACUUGCGCAAUAAAUCUUUGGAUGAUUCGCCUCACCAAGGUGACCGGAUGUCUACGAUGUUAUUCUACCUGAAUGAUGUGAAAGCAGGUGGAUCGACCGUGUUCCCAACCCUUGGCGUUGCGGUUCCGGCAAGAAGAGGCUCUGCUCUGUUUUGGUUCAAUCUGAAGAGGAGCGGCGAGGGUGACUACAGAACUGUCCAUGCUUCGUGCCCUGUGCUUCUUGGAGAAAAAUGGAUUGCCAAUUUGUGGAUCCACGAAUGGGGACAAGAGUUCAGAUGGAAAUGCACGAAUAAUCCCCAAGACUGAUCAUUCAUUUCUGAAGAGGACCCUCCAAACUCGCCUAAAAGAGAACAACUGAAUUAUCUCUACUCUUAUCUUGAGAUUUUAAGAUAAAUCAUCUUAAUGGCCAGUAUAUUCCCUGUUAUGAAGCAGAAAACGUCUUAUAGCUGUUGGUAAAACCGAUGAACAUGUUAUUCUACACGUAUAUAAAGCGAAUAUAAUUAUAUUCAGUAAAAUCAGUUUAGUUUACUCUAAAUAUGGAAGGUAUCAAUUUGAUUCAAGAUUCUGUACCGUCAUAUUGACCUAAACCACUAUUUUACCUAC